UACACACAUAUUUACACUCGCACACACACACACACACCGCACAAUCCCGAAUACAUUAUAUACACAAUGGCAAUCGAAGCUAAAGUCAAGUCCUUCAUAGAGGAGACUCUGCCCACUGAUCUUAAGAACAAGGCGUGGACGUGGUUAGAAAAGGGCAACCUAUGGGAAUGUGCCAACAUCAUUGGCAACUACUACAAUGAUGACGGCAAGGACUCCCGCGAGGCAUGCCGUGCGAUAAUUGACGACAUCCGCGCACACCAGGGUGAGAAGGCUAAGACAUCUGAGGCCACCACCAUGGUAGUGUUUGGAACGUCAGGAUGGAGAGGUGUGAUUGGUGAGGACUUCACAUGUCUCAACGUUGCCAAGACAUGUCGUGGUAUCAUCGAGAUGAUGAAGACCGACGAUUUCCUCAAGCAAAAUCACUACACAAGCUUCGAGGAGGUAAAGAGCAAUGGUAUCCUCGUAUUCCGCGACAAUCGUUUCAUGGGUGAUGAUUUCAUGGACGUUGCGAUGCGCGAGCUGGCCGCAGAGGGUAUCAAGAUAUUCUUUGCAGGUGAGUGCCCUACUGGUGUGGGAUCGGCAUUGGUUCCGUACCGUAAGCUAGCUGGUUCGUUCAACUUCACACCGUCACACAACCCUAUGGACUACGCCGGUCUUAAAUUUAACCCUGCCGAUGGAGGGCCAGCAGAUGUGGAUCUGACCUCCAUCAUCCAAGAGAAGGCUAACAACUACAUGAAGGGUGGUGACUUCACACCCUCAACCGCAGACUUCACCUCACUAAAGACCGACAUCGAUGCCGCAAAGGAGUUUGCUGUGUUCAUGGAGAAGAACGCUAUCGUGUACGACAUGGACAAGGUCCGCAGCUGGCUCAAGGAGAACAAGACGGACGUGUUCAUUCUCAUCGACAACAUGCACGGAUCUUCCCGCGGGUAUCUGGAGGCGUCUCUGGGCGAUGGGCUUACGCAGGAGCUGAAGGAUGCGGGUGCUCUGAAGUUCAUGAACACCGAUACGGACUACUCGUUCCACGGCGUUAAACCCGAGCCCAGUGCCAAGAACAAUGCACCCCUCAUCAAAAAGCUCCAGGCCGCCAACAGGAAGUACACGCUGUGUGCUGCGCUCGACCCCGAUGCCGAUCGUGCACGCUUCGGAGACGCACACAUGGACGUUGAUAUGAACCGCUUCGGAGCCAUUGCAUACGGAUGCAUUCUUGAACACGUUAAGAAGGGAGGCAUUGCAUCUACCGCCCCAUCCAGUGACUUCGCACUUGAGAUUGCGAAGAAGAAUGGGCAGCGUGUAGACGAGUUGGCUGUAGGGUUUAAGGAGUUCCGCCCAUCCCUCAACAGCGGUGGUGUGAUCGAGUGCUUUGAGGAGAGCGACGGCAUUUCAUUUGCCGGCCACACCCUGGAUAAGUGUGCUAUGGCUGGGUGCAUUAUGGCUAUCAACACACUUGUGCUUACAGGCAAGAAUCUCUCUGAACAGUACACGGAAUUACAGAAGAAGUACGGCUACUUCUACCCAGACAAGGCCGGUGCUGAUGUCAAGGGUGUGAGUGUGGAGGCUUGGCAGGCAUACAAGGCCCAGGUUAUGCAGGCUCUCCAGCACAAACUGUACAAAAUGGGAGACAGCGUCACAAUCGAUGGCAAGGCAAAGGAGAUCACCUCCAUCAACAUUAUUGACGGCUUAAAGGUCAUCUUUGCCGAUCGCAGUUGGAUCUUGCUUCGAGCGUCUGGAACAGAGCCCAAGUUCCGUUACUACUACGAGGUUGUCAGCGACGAAGCGUUGCCAAACGACGGCAAAGCGGUACUGGAUGCUUACUGCGACGCUGCGGCUGGUAUCUUAACAGCCGCGAGAAAGAUUGUUGACGGCAACUAGAGUGGAGUCGAACCUUUUAAAAUAGGGUUGAACCUCUACACUUAAAUAGAAUUCUCAGGCGAGGUAGACUGUACUUGUGACCUUGUCGAAGGAAAUAAAGUCUUGAUAACAAUUG